AUGUCAAUAUUUGGCUUCCUUUUGCCAUUGCCUCGAACCAUUCAGUCUAUCUGUCCGUCUGUCGAAGGAGGCGUGAUAUGUUUCAAAAGUUUCAACGUUCAGAACGGAAGUUGUAGCGACAUUGUGACGUCAUUUAAUAGUUUAGUCAGUAAGACGGAAUGCUGUUCAGAAUAUAGCAGUGGCUAUUCCUCAAGGGUAAAACUAAUAAAAACAGAAAAAAACAAGUACAAAUGUAGACCUUGCCAUGAGUUUGGAGCUACCUCAGAUCUCAAGAAUAAAAAUCCACCUACACCGUCCACAAAAACAUCAACUAAUUUUAAUAACGUUGUUGACUACUACUUCAACAGCAUCGACAACCACAGAUACCGCAACAACAAAAACAACAACAACAACAAUCACCACCACUACAACAACAACAACAACAACAGCAAUCACCACCACAACAACAACAACCACAACAACAACAACAACGACAUUAACAAUACUAUUCAUGCCAUCAACAAGGACGUCAUUGACAACAACAACAGAAAUUUCAACAAUGACAUUAACGCUGACGACGACAACAACAAAAUUAAACACACCAACUACACCUACACAAUUUCAGACGCUGACAAUAAUGAAAAUGAUGACAACAACACUUUUAACGUAAGUAAAAGUAAAAUUAAUAGAAAUACUGCAAAUAAUAAUAAUAAUAGUAUUUUUAAAAAAUAUAAUAAAACUAAAUCAAGAAUUAACACCAAAAGUGGUAGAAAUAAACAUAAGAAACGCAAAAAUUCCAAACUUCCUGACGCUAACAAGACUCAGGUGGACUAUGACUUCGUUCAAAGUGAUGACUCGAACGUCGGUUAUAUCGAAAUAAGGACAGAUUCGAAACAACACGAUGGGAAAACCCAGAAUAAUAAUAAUAAUAAUAAUAAUAACAACAACAACAAUAUAAACAAUGAUACCAACAAUACUACAGACAAAAAUAACAAUAAUAAGUCUAACACUCCGGCAGUCAGUAUUAGUAGAAAUGACAUCAGUGAAAACGCCAUCAAUGACAUCACCUCCGACAACAACAACAACAACAACAACAACAACAACAACAACAACAACAACAACAACACUGAUGACGACGAUGAUGGUGACCGUAAAGAUAUUAUUGAAGACCAGACGAAAAAUGAAAUACCAGGCUGGAGAUAUAUUAACUCACCUUACAACGGUUUAAACAUCGGAUUCGGACCAUGGUCUGAAUGGACAGCUUGUAGCGGAUCAACAUGUGAAAAGUUUGGGACUAGGAAGAGGACACGGAAGUGUCUGGUGGAAAACUGUCCCGAUGAAGUGCAAGAAACAGUCUGUCAACAUGAUCCUAAUCUUUGCAAAAAAGUUAUAAAAUGGCUGGAGUGGUCGGAGUGGACGGAUUGCUCAAGAUUCUGUGGCCGAGGCGUGAGAAGAAGAAAGAGAAGUUGCGUCACGAUCCUCAACGAUGACGUCACCGUCAUUCAAAUGCCGCAACCGGAUGACGUAGAUGAUGACGUAGAUGAUGACGUUGGUGAUGUUGAACAUUAUAAAGAUGGCGAUGGUGCUGGUAAUCUUAUUAAAAGUGGUCGUAAUAGAGAUGGCAGUGGACAUACAAACUCUGCAACGAAACGUGAAAAUUACACGCUCAAUAACGAAAAUAUUGAUGAUACGUUUAAUGACGAUGAGAAUGUAAAAAUUAGUGAAAAAUGCGUUGGUCCAUCAGUUGAGACGAUCCCUUGCGUUUCAAGGAUCAACUGCCAAGUUGACGGGCAUUGGACCGAAUGGUCCAAAUGGGAUAUCUGCGACGCCCCGCCAUGUUCGCACACGUUGGGGGAACAAAUAAGAUACAGGUGGUGCACCGACCCCCAACCGAUGUUUGGUGGCCGCAGAUGUCCUGGGCUCGCCUGGUCGAAACAACCAUGCUACAAUAAUGAUUAUUGUAGGAAUCCUGUAAGCGGAAAAUGGUGUGAGUGGGACGAAUGGAGUCCAUGUGUUUCCGGGAUGAGAAUCCGGAAGAGGAAAUGUAAAUGUCCACCUCCCAACACUGGCGGCCAGUUUUGCGAAGGAAAGCCACUGGAGUAUGGCCAAUGCUAGCUGCGCGUGGAUCCAACAUUGUCCACUGGAUGACACUGGAAAAUAUGACACAUUACUUAUCAUAAUUGUUUAUAAUAAUAAUAUUAAUAAAUAAUAAUAAUAACAAUGUAAAAACCAAUUCUAUUCGUUUAAUAUUAGUAACCAGUUAACACUCAACAAAAAUUCAACAUAGUAUUUGCAUAAUUGUGACGAAUUUAACCUUUAAGAAGAAUAAUUUAAGUCAUUUUUUCUUCAUAAUCGUUGAUAUGUUAUGCUACUCCAUUAUGUUGUGUAGCAAACAUGUGAGCAUUUUUUUCAUCGUACUAUCGUGCAGUGUACGUGUGUGUGUCCCAGUAAAAUCGUUUUGUUAACAUUCUAGUAGGUUACAGAUGUUUCAUUUGUUAACUAACUAUCUUAUCUUUACUUGAAUUUUCACAAUUUUCCACAUUUUAGAAUUAAAAGAUGAUUAAUAGACGUUGAAAUAUUACAAAAAUAUUAUAUCAAUUUUGACUAUGAAUCCAAGUUUUUUUGAAUUCAUUAAUAGUAAA